ACUUGUAAAAACCGCAAAAUAAAAUCAGGAAUACAAAUUGGCGUCCACGAUGUCCGAACAUCCUAAUAGGAAUCCGAACAGAAGUUUGGCAGACCUGUUUAGUACAUGCCACAUGGACGACGACCAUGACAUACAAGCGCCCCAAUCCGAAAUAGAAAUGGAAGACGACGACAGUGUUUUAUUUGUGGACGCCAACAACAGCCGCAGCAGCAGUGUUAUUUUAAUUUCGUCUAAUGCUUCGCCGGUCAGCUACCUGCACUCGUCCCAAUUCUCUUCCACUGACGAACAAGUGUCUCUGGAAGCCCUUACCAUAGAGGAAACCUCAGAUAGCGAUUGCGCCCUCGUUUCGGACAGUCGCCGUCCUGGUCCCGAAAACAUCGACAUGGAGACUCCAAGGCUUCCCUCGGUCCGGCGCUCCCGGAAUCGCGGAGACCAUGAUCUUCCGAUCAAAAAAAGUUGUAUGACUCGUCCUGACGGCGCUGCUGUCGAUCAAGCAUUGAAGGAAGAUGACAACGAUCUUGCAAUUGAUCGAUUCCUGGACGAGAUGCCUUCCACCUCGAAUCGCUCGGUAGUGACGCGCAGUGGUCGUGCGGUAAAAACGCGCAUUAACCAGGAGUUUGACUACUCGUCCUCACAGUCAAAAGGUGAUGGCGAGGAGGACUCCGAUGAUGAGUCGGUGGAGACCGAAGACGAGGACUAUCAACUGACAAAUGAUUUCCAGGAACCGAAGUGGACGGGUCGCAAGCGUCGUAGUUUUGAAACCAGCAGCAGCAGCGCCAGCAGCACCGAUAGCAGCCACUCCAUGACUUCCAUUGUCUAUAUCGAAUUAGGCGAUCCAGUUGCGAUUAUUAGGUACGACGCACUGGCCAAUGUCGACCUGAAUACAGAAACUGAACUCAAGACAAAGGUCCACAAAUUUCUGGGGCUAAUACCCCCCCGUCGCAGGUUGUACAACGUCUUAGGUGACUGCGACCAGGAACCGGACGAUAAUGAGCACGAAAUGGCAACCCUUUCGGUCAAUUGUUUGAGGAGUCCUUCACUUCAUUCGGGCGUUCAUCCAGUCACUUCAUCACCCAAGCGCGCUAUUUUGCCGAAUGCAACGCCGACCUCCACUUGGUCGACCGUGAAUUUAUCGCAUCUCAAGCCACCGACCCUGGAAGAACGCCAGGCAAAAAUUUGCAACGAUUUCGUGCUGCAGGCCAAUGCGAAUUCGAUUGAGGAGCAGACACCGGAUUACCUAAAGGAGCCACCCGAUCUGAGCGAACUGCCUAGCAGAACUCAGAUGGAAAUCAACUGCCGCCGCCACGAGAUCAGUGUCUCCUGUAUGGAUCAUAAUCGGGGUUUCUACAGAUUCAUUGAAUCGCUCAAGCGGGAGACCUCAAUCAACAUGUGCCAUCCGAUGGCACGCUCCUAUAGGGAAGCCAAUUUUAACUCCUGCAAAAAGACACUGGCCAAGAUGCUGUAUAAUAUGUUCAAUCACGCGAUCUUUCAUUGUGCUCUGAUGGUGCCAAUACUUUGGAGGCGACGCAUGACUACGCCCUGCCAAUGCCUGUUGGACAUCAGGUCCUCCGGAAAGCGCACCGCCCGCAUUUUGCUGUGGGAAAAUAUAAAUGAAGCCGGCAUGCUUGUCAAGCCACUGCUGCACGAGAUGUGCCAUGUGGCGGCAUUCCUCUUUAACCGGGAGGCGGGACACGGCGACAAUUGUCGUAAAUGGGCCUACCAGUCGAGGCGUGCACUGCCGGAGCUUCCGGCGAUUGAAGACUGCGAUGCUAACUUUAAGUAUACCUGUACAAUGUGUGCCCGGUGCUCUUACGGCACGAUGGAUUUGAAGAAAGUGAACUUGCGCUGCCACUAUUGCCAGUUCGAGGUGGGCGUAAAGCCAUUUAGCAAAACUGACAUGUACGAGGGUACUCGACCUGAUCUGAAACUUACACCAUUCAAGUCCUACGUCCGAGACAAGUACUUAAAGCUGGGCGAGGAGGGAGGUACCACUCACAGCUCUAAAAUGAAGCUACUUAACGAAGAGUUCGCCAAGAUGAACUGAUGAAAUCAACACAGCGCCGUUGUUAAGUUUCAAUAACCUAAGUUAGUUUUUAUGUUACGUAUAUUAUAUUUUUAAUAAAUGCGAAUCCCACAAGAA